UCCUUUGUACUUUGCCCCGUGCCGGACACUGCGGGUGGUGUAUAAGGAAGUUGCGCUCGUGCCGGACACUGUGGGUGGUGUAUAAGGAAGUUGCGCUCCAGUCUGCAAGUAAGGCAACCAGCCUCCUUCCACGAAGAGGAAACUUGAAGCCCCAGAGACUCUCCACUAAGGCGAAGGCCCGAAAGCCCCUCCCCAAGCUUCUGUAAAGGUUAAUAAAAGGAAGGAUGUAGUCCCUAACAACCCAGCCCAACGACUCACUCCUCACCCCCCCUUAAAGGAGGAGGGGGCUCUCUCCAAACAGGGACCAGAGAGUAACAGUAGGCGGUAGCAGGGCGGGGCUCCAGGAGCAGCCUCCUUAGGAGCCAGCUCCCAGGCAGCGGCUUGCAGAAUCGGAAGGAAGGAAGGAGGGAGACAGCGAGGGAAGGAGCUGGCGGCCCCGCCCCAGGCCCCGCCCAGCCCGAAGAAGGAGGGCUGACUUUUCCGCCUGGGGGAUUCGGCAGCAGGCAGGACGGGGUGCCCUUCCCUUCCUGUGAAGCUCGAGCAGCCCCACGCAAGCCCAGCCGCCGCUCACCAAGAAUGGCAAUCCCUCCGACCCACUACCCGGCCUCCAGGGCGGCCUCGGUGGUAGAGAGCUGCAUCAACUACCAGCAGGGCAGCCCCCACAAGGUGUUUCUGGUGCAGACAGUCAAACAAGCCAGCCUGCAGGAUAUUCCGGGAAGAGGACGUAAGUAUCGCCUUAAAUUUUCUGUGGAAGAAAUUAUCCAAAAACAAGUUACAGUGAAUUGCACAGCUGAAGUACUGUACCCUCCAAUGGGACAAGAUACUGCACCAGAAGUCAACUUCACAUUUGAAGGAGAAAUUGGAAAGAACCCAGAUGAGGAAGAUACCACAUUUUAUCAUAGACUCAAGUCUAUGAAGGAACCACUAGAAGCACAAAAUAUUCCAGACAGUUUUGGAAAUGUACCUCCGGAAAUGAAGCCAGUUCAACAUUUAGCCUGGGUUGCCUGCGGUUAUAUAAUAUGGCAAAAUUCUACUGAAAAUACAUGGUAUAAAAUGGCAAAAAUUCAAACUGUCAAGCAAGUGCAAAGAAAUGAUGACUUCAUUGAGUUAGACUACACCAUUCUACUUCAUGACAUUGCAUCUCAGGAGAUUAUUCCUUGGCAAAUGCAAGUUCUCUGGCAUCCACAAUAUGGUACUAAAGUAAAACAUAAUAGCCGUCUACCAAAGGAAGCACAAUUGGAAUAAAUGAAGACUGUAACAUUCGAUGAAGUAUAAACAUGCUUAUUAAUGAUGUGUAUACCAGUCUUCAUUGAUAUCUAGCUUAAAGGGUCAGACAAAUCUCAUAAGUGUCCCUUUGUAUAAAUGGACUGAACUAAAGAACUAUAUAGCUUCCAUAAUAAAGAGCAUCACAAUGUAAAAGUGUCUUAUCAACAGUAACAGUGCUAUGUAUAUCCCCUAAUAAAAAGCUUUAAAUUCCAGCCUCAUA